AUGUUACUGGGUUUGAAUUUAAUGGCACAUAGUCUUGCAAACGGUAGAAUUGCGGGACCUGCUUGUGCUCGGAUAUUUGUUUAUCGCUAUGGAUCUGGGCAACCGCAACCACAUCACUUGUUCCUCCUGAUCCCUGACUCUUUUCGGACCGGUUUGAGGCGGUCAUUUGAUAUUGAAGAAAUCGAAGUCGCUGAUGGUCAAUUCAAUCGGCUAAUUCGAACCUCUUGUUAA